UUGGCAAUGUAAAGCGUCACUUGGGUCUGUUUAUGGUUAUUGCGUUUCGGCUACGCCCGAGAUGGGGUCGAACGUUCGAGGUUCCCGAGUGGGAAAUGGCGCGUUGGGGGGGGCUCCACUGUAUUGCGCUAUUGCUCCAUCUUGCGGAUGUUAGGCCACAAGACUGAGUGCACUUUCCAUGCUGGACAUUCAGAGUGGAGGGGCAAAGGCCUUAAUGGCGUACACUUGCUGGCGCCACGGUUUCUCCGACGUACCAGGGACUCAUCAAAAGCCCUGGAAGGCUUGAGCCGUGGUAACAUCAGUUAUUCAGCCCGCCAAACAGCAACACGCUGCGAAUCCCUCCUCUUCCUCCAACCUCUUUCAGGAUCUUUUCUCACUGGCGUCCGCUCGAUCAAUUUCCCAUCUUCAGUAAUGAUGACCGCUUUUGCAACAAAGGGACUUGACCUUAAUUUCGACGGCUACACUCCCACUCGAUACUAUCCGUCUCCCUCCGCGGAGGUCCUACAAUCCACCCCCGCUGACUGUGCCCCUUGGAAAGAGUUGUUUGAUUGCACCUGGCGUGCAGAUCUCCGCGUACUGAUGCUCAGAGAUCUUUCCGCUGGUCGAUACGGAUUUCAACAUCACCGCAUCCCACGAGCAUCCGCUUCAGCGGCACGUAUGUCUGCUUCGCCGUCCUACGACAUUAUCUACCAUAUCGAUAUGGAUGCCGAUACUCUGAGGAAGGUGGCAAAAGACCCAGGUGGAGUGCUUGACGAUCCCGAAGUUCCAUCGCUGUUCGAAGUCUUCGAAAGAAUGCGCAUCUGGAUUCGUCAGGACCCCGUGGCCAAGUACGACAUCGAGGGUAGGAUGGACGCUGAGGCCAUCGGUAGUUUCCCUGACAAAGGGAUCUUCCUUAUACCAUCAGAGCCAGAUGAUGUUGAUCAAUUGGAGACGGGUGCGUCGUUACACCCGAUCAUACCCAUUCAAGCACCAAAGCGUAGAAGAAACACCGUCUCCUUGCCAUAUUCGCGCCCACGCCCAUUGUCCCCACGUUUGCGUUCCCACUCCAUCCCCAAUUCGCCUGCGUUAUCCCGGCCGUGGAACCGUUCUUUACUCGUUUCAGCCUGAAAGGCGCAGUCCUUUUUCGUUUUCAUUCGAGAAAAGCCCGUGGACAUCGAUUGUUCUCACCCAAUAAACUCCCAGCGUAACCAGAUCAGCAGCGCCGAAGACCCGUGGUUGAACGUUUUACUUGCACAAGACCAGCCAUUCCACGAUUGGAAUGUCUCUGGAUGCCAUCACUUCCACUUCCUGUCACAUGCAGUUGUCCGCCCGAGAUUUCUUCCAUUUCCUACGUUUGUUAACGCUCAUGUUCACAAUCCUAUGCAUCUACCAAUUUCGGAGUGAAUUUGUUCAGCAUCCUUUUUCCCGUUCUAGUUUGCAAAUCCAUUCAUAUGAUUUUGUUUCUCAUUCCCACUUGUGUUGAUGC